UCCUGUCCCUCUAGGAACCAAACUCUCUCCCCUUAACCCUUCCUUGCCCGGCUGGGAGAGAGAGUUUGCCCCUUUGGCCACCCACUCCUCCUGCUCCUUCUCCUUCUGAGGAAAUGUGAUUGUUGGCUGAGAAUUUUGGAGUAGAGCCUGUUCAGUUGAGAGAAGAGGGAGGAAGAGCAUCUUGGAUCCAAUUUGCUUAUUCAUCAAACAGUGGUUCCACAAUGGAGAAACCCAGCUCACCUAGACUUGAAGCAGGCAGGGCUGCUGAGAGCAGUUGGGAUUUCUGGGAAAGAACUACACAGACUUUCCUGAACAUGUACAUACAUCGCCAGCGCUUCAGGCAGUCUUAUUACCAAGAGGGCGAGGGACCCAGAGAGGUUUGCAGCCGCCUCCACGAUCUCUGCCGUCAAUGGCUGAAGCCAGAGCAACACAGCAAGGCUGAGAUGCUGGACCUGGUGAUCCUGGAGCAGUUCCUGAGCCUCCUGCCCCCAGAGAUGGGGAGCUGGGUCCGAGAGUGUGGGGCAGAGACCUGUUCCCAGGCGGUGGCCCUGGCGGAAGGCUUUCUCCUGAGUCGGGCAGAGGACAAGAGGCAGGAAGAACAGGCCCAAAAUAAGUACACUGAAGUCUACCCUGAUGUCCCUGAAUCAAAGAAACCUCCAUCAGACACAAUCCAGAGUCUCCUGCAGAAGGAGCUCAAGCAGGAAGGAGAUGGGACUAUAGCCUUGGCGGGGGCUGGAAUGAUGUUGUUCCCGAAUCCUCAUUUGUUUCUUCCCUUUUGUGAUGGAGUGGAACUGAAUCAGGGCCCAAUAACCUUUGAGGACGUGGCUGUCAAUUUUUCCUUGGAGGAGUUGGUUCUUCUGAAUACUGAUCAGAAAGUCUUGCACAUGCAGAUCAUGGAGGAGAUUCGUGGGAUUGUGGACUCUCUUGCAGAUAACUGGAAGAAGAGCAAUGUAUGCACCAAGCACAGGAAGCAUUUGGGACACAACGGGGGCCUUUCUAGACACCAACAAACCCACAGUGAAGAUGAAGAUUCUGCCAGAGAAUGGCCUUACAAAUGCAAUGUAUGUGGGCAGUGUUUUAUGCAAAAUAUGGCACUUGUGCUUCACAAGACACUCCAUACUGAAGAAAGCAACCUUAACAGGAAAGUAUCAGCAAAAUAUGUGGUUGAUUACAAAUUGCCAGAUCUGUGGCAACAAGAAAUCUUUGAAGGAACCGAGGAAUUCAUAAGCCAGGAGUGUGGGAAAUCUUUUCUCCAGAGUUCACACUUGAUGAUACAUGAGAGAUUUCACACAGAACAGGAACAAUACAGUUUCCAGGAGUGUGGGAAGCAUUUUGCUUACAGUUCACAAUUGAUGAGCCACAAAAAACACCACGCAAGAGAAAAGCCAUACCAAUGCCGGGAAUGUGGGAAAUGUUUUACUUACUAUUCAGAUGUGGUGAAGCACCAAAGACUCCACACAGGAGAGAAACCAUACCAAUGCCAGGAGUGUGGGAAAUGUUUUGCUUACAGUUCAUACUUGGUGAAGCACAAAAGACUCCACACAGGAGAGAAGCCAUACCAAUGCCAGGUGUGUGGGAAAUGUUUUGCUGACAGUUCAGCCUUGGUGAGCCACAAAAGAGUCCACACAGGAGAGAAACCAUUCCAAUGCCAGGAGUGUGGGAAAUGUUUUGCUGACAAUUCAGCCUUGGUGAGCCACAAAAGACUCCACACAGGAGAGAAGCCAUACCAAUGCCAGGAGUGUGGGAAAUGUUUUGCUUGCCGUUCAAACUUGGUGAGGCACAAAAGACUUCACACAGGAGAGAAGCCAUACCAAUGCCAGGAGUGUGGGAAGUGUUUUACUCAGACUUCAUCCCUUAACAAGCACCAGAAAAUACACACAGGACAGGAGCCAUACAGAUUCCAGGAGUGUGGAGAAUGUUUUGGUGAUAGUUCAGAGUUGGUGAGCCACAAAAGACUCCACACAGGAGAGAAGCCAUACCAAUGCCAGGAGUGUGGGAAAUCUUUUGCUUACAGUUCACAAUUGGUGAACCACUGGAGAUCUCACACAGGAGAAAAGCCAUACCAAUGCCAGGCGUGUGGGAAAUGUUUUGCUCACAGUUCACACUUGGUGAGCCACAAAAGACUCCACACUGGAGAGAAUCCAUACCAAUGCCAGGAGUGUGGGAAACGUUUUAUUGACAAUUCACACUUGGUGAGGCACAAAAGACUCCAUACAGGAGAGAAACCAUAUCAUUGCCAGGAAUGUGGGAAACGUUUUACUAACAGUUCACACUUGGUGAGGCACAAAAGACUCCACACAGGAGAGAAGCCAUACCAAUGCCAGGAGUGUGGGAAAUGUUUUACUAGCAGUUCACAUUUAGUGAGCCACAAAAGACUCCACACAGGAGAGAAGCCAUACCAAUGCCAAGAGUGUGAGAAAUGUUUUGCUGACCAUUCAGCCUUGGUGAGGCACAAAAGACUCCACACAGGAGAGAAGCCAUACCAAUGUCAGGAGUGUGGGAAAUGUUUUGCUUACAGUUCACACUUCGCGAGGCACAAAAGACUCCAUACAGGGGAGAAGCCAUACCAUUGCCAAGAGUGUGGGAAAUGUUUUACCAAUCGUUCACACUUGGUGAACCACAAAAGACUCCACACAGGAGAGAAGCCAUACCAAUGUGAAGUGUGUGGGAAAUGGUUUGCUGAUAGUUCAAACUUGAUGAGCCACAAAAAACUUCACACCGAAGAGAAGCCUUACCAAUGCCAGGAAUGUGGGAAAUGUUUUGUUCGGAGUUCAUACUUUUUGAACCAUCAGAGAAGAUAUCACACAGGACAGGGACCAUACAGUUUCCAGGAGUGUGAGAAAUGUUUUGCUGAUAGUUCAGCCUUCAUGAGCCAAAAAAGACUCCACACAGGAGAGAAGCCAUACCAAUGCCAGGAGUGUGGGAAAUGUUUUGCUUACAGUUCACAAUUAGUGAACCACUGGAGAUCCCACACAGGAGAGAAGCCAUACCAAUGCCAGGAGUGUGGGAAAUGUUUUUCUAACAGUUCACACUUAGUGAGGCACAAAAAACUCCACACAGGAGAGAAGCCAUACCAAUGCCAGGAGUGUGGGAAAUGUUUUACUAACAGUUCACACUUGAUGAGUCACAAAAGACUCCACACAGGAGAAAAGCCAUACCAGUGCCAGGAGUGUGGAAAAUUGUUUGCCGAUAGUUCAAAUUUGGUGAGCCACAAAAGACUCCACACAGGAGAGAAGCCGUACCAGUGCCAGGAGUGUGGGAAAUGUUUUGCUGACUGUUCAGCCUUUGUGAGGCAUAAAAGACUCCACACAGGAGAGAAGCCAUACCAAUGCCAGGAGUGUGGGAAAUUGUUUGCUGAGAGUUCAAACUUGGUGAGCCACAAAAGACUCCACACAGGAGAGAAGCCGUACCAGUGCCAGGAGUGUGGGAAAUGUUUUGCUGACAGUUCAGCCUUGGUGAGGCAUAAAAGACUCCACACAGGAGAGAAGCCAUACCAAUGCCAGGAGUGUGGGAAAUGCUUUUCUGACAGCUCAAACUUGGUGAGCCACAAAAGACUCCACACAGGAGAGAAGCCAUACCAAUGUCAGGAGUGCGGAAAAUGUUUUGCUGCAAGUUCAGACUUGUUGAGGCACAAAAGACUCCACCCAGGAGAAAAGCCAUACCAAUGCCAGGAAUGUGGGAAAUGUUUUGUUCGGAUUUCAUUCUUUUUGAACCAUCAGAGACUACAUACAGGAGAUACAUCAUCCAAAGAGCUGGUACAAAACUAAUACAAUGAAUUGUAACAGGGAAAUUGCAGAUUGUGGACAUUCUGGUCCUGUACAAUAUACAUUCAACAUUUCCCAAAGAACACGUGUGAUUCCCUUGGCUUCAAGUAGCACUUGGCUUGACUUUGGACUGAGCUCUUCAUCAACCUUCUUCUUGGUUUCAAACUGUUGUUCGUUUUGUUGUUGUUGCUGCUUCUUUGCUUGACUUAAGAUUCUUGGAGAACUCUUUUGCUCGCCUGGACACUGCUUACAAUAUGCUGCGUUUCCCCUAGUUAGCCUUUGUUGGCAAACAUCUGAUUUCAAACAGGACCCUUUCAGAAGUCCUGCCUAAGAUUUGGUGGAGUUCCCAUUCUUGCCAAUUGAAUCCCUAAGUGGAGUUCCUCCUCUCUGGAGCUUCGUGACAAUCCUUUGAAUUGUUAAAUAACAACAACAACAGCAACAACAACAACAACAACUUUAUUCUUAUAUGCCGCCCCAUAUAAGGGACUCGGGGUGGCUCACAUGGGGAUCAAGCCCAGAAUAUACCAUAAAAUACAACAGCAAAAUCCAUUCCAAACAUAUAAACCUAUACAAACAAAAGGCAUAUAAAAUACAAUAAAAAUAUAGUACUCACAACUGACCAAUAGCCAGGUGCAGUGAGCAUAUUUAAGAUUGGAAGUAAGGCAAUAUCUUGCAACCGCUAAAGCUGGAGCAGAAUAAAGUGCAAUGGCUGGGUAUAGGUGGAGGUAAAAGGACAGUGUCAAUUGUGCUGAAUACAGUUGUCAUGUCAACUAUUCUGGAAAAAAAAAUUAAACUACGUAAUUUCA